AUGAACCCCAUAUUUCUGGAGCCCAAUCUCGGUAAUCCGGGGGCUUCUCGACGAAAACCUCGCAAUGAUGCCGCGACUGGAGCUUCCGCCGCGGGCGUCCGCGCUCUCAGUGCGCAAAUGGUAGCAUUCUACUUUCGGGCCCCGAUCAAGGCCUUCUUUCGCACUCGUGUUGAAGCUGUGAACCCUCGUGUUGCAGAAGGCAAAUGGUCCAUUCAUACUACAACUCCUGGUCUCUUGCUCCAUGCUGUCAGGACCUAUGGCUGGCGGUUUAUUCCAAAUCAAGUCUUGCCGCCUUUGUUGGCGAAUGCGGGAGUCGGUGCAGUUCUAUACACUUCUUAUCUACAAGUUCUCGGAGCCCUACAUGACCCUGUUUCGCAAGGCGUCAAGCGAGUCUGGCCUCCCGCUCCUCCGGCGGCCACCUUCACCGCUGGAUUUGCUGCUGGAACUAUGCAAUCGAUUAUCGCCGCUCCUCUUGAUGCACUACAGGUUCGACUUCAAACUAGCGAUAUGCUGGACGGCCAGUAUCGAAGUAUGUGGCAUUAUGGUCAUCAUAAACUGAAACAGAUUGGACUUCGAGGAGUCUUUGCGGGAUGGAGUCUCUCCUUCUUGCGAGACUCGCUGGGCUAUGCCGUGUUCUUCUCCACGUUUGAAUAUAUCAAGUCGCAAUCGUACUACUCAUUCAUUACCUGGUACUACGGAGCACUGCGUGCGGAGACGGUUGAUCAGCUCCUGUCUUCCGGGUCCAGUGACCGUGGGGUGCCACUCAUCAAACCACACUAUGCCUUGGAGCCAUGCUUUCUCAUGAUGGCUGGUGUGCUGGCUUCGGUGGCCCAGCAAACCAUUCAGCACCCGCUCAGCCGGAUUCAGGACUUGCACCUUGGCCGACUCGAGUAUCUCGACCACCAGGCGAGCCUGGACCCCUCACGGCGGCAGAUGCUGCGGUUAUACUACCAUGCCUAUCAGGAGACCUGGAAACGGUGCCGACGCAAGGCCACGCGGGCCGGGGGGUGGAGGCUGUGGCUCUUCCGCGGGUUUGCGGGGAGUGCGCUUCGUCAAGUGCCCAGCACCAGUGCGGGCCUGGUGAUCUUCGAGUUGGUGCGUCGGCGAUAUGCGAGCUUGGCGGACACACCUAGUCCAGCUGGUCGGUCCUGUUUCGUUGGCGAUCUUCCAUCCAUUUGCCCUGGACGGUCUCAGUCCUUGCGAUCUCCUCGCUGGGACCAGGAGACGGAAAGAAAAAAAAAAGGGUUCCGAAAGGGCUGGAAUAUCAGCCCGCCCACCGCCGCCAUUCCUUCGUCAACCUCCCCACGCGCCAUACCCCUCCGCAGCCUCCCCGACUCCCACGCCCAGUUCACAGUCCUGGAAUCCGCCAGCGAGAAGGGAAGUCGUCGGUCCUCGCUGUCGUCGACUCGCUCGGGCGAGUCAGACUUCUCUAUCUGGUCAGACACCGGCGACCUUGCCGAACAGCUCGCCGAGGUCGAGGAUCCGCUCCAGAUCCGCCUCCGCAAGUCGCUCGACCAGGAGCAACGGACUCGACGAGGUCGAAGGAAACCCCCCAAGCGAGUCCAUUACCCUCCCGAUCUCGACUAUUCCCGCCCGUCGGUCGAUCUCGAAAAGGACCACAUCCGAAUCCCGAAUCCCCCGCCCCGACGUAUCUCCAGAACCGAGCGUAUUCUAGCCUCCAUCAUGUCCCCUCGCAAUGGGCAAAAUGCCCCACUACAUGGGUUGGUGGGCAAGCCGUUGUUGUACUUUACGAGUGUUUUUGUAUCACUAGGCGUCUUCCUCUUUGGCUAUGACCAAGGAGUCAUGUCCGGAAUUAUCAUUGGAUCGUUUUUCCGAGAUUACUUCGACCAACCCUCUCCGGCCACCAUCGGAACCGUGGUGGCUAUCUUGGAGAUUGGCGCAUUCAUUUCCUCUCUUCUAGUUGGUCGUAUCGGCGAUGUAAUCGGUCGGCGGCGGACGAUUCUCUAUGGCUCGGUCGUGUUCUUCGUCGGUGGUGCCUUACAGACCUUUGCGAUCAGUAUGCCCAUGAUGAUGGUGGGCCGUAUCGUGGCUGGUCUCGGUGUUGGUGCCUUGUCAACGAUCGUGCCCGUUUAUCAAUCUGAGAUUUCGCCUCCGCAUAACCGUGGAAAGUUGGCUUGCAUUGAAUUCACGGGAAACAUUGCCGGAUAUGCCACCAGUGUCUGGGUGGACUACUUUUGCAGCUUCAUCGAGUCGGACAUCUCAUGGCGUCUGCCCCUGCUGUGCCAGUGCGUCAUGGGAGCCUUGCUCGGAGUUGGGAGCUUGAUUAUCUGCGAAUCUCCUCGGUGGCUUCUCGACAAUGAUCACGACGAAGAAGGCAUAGUCGUCAUCGCGAACCUCUAUGGUGAGGGUGAUAUUCACAAUGACAAGGCUCGUCAAGAGUACCGCGAAAUCAAGAUGAAUGUCCUCAUGCAGCGACAGGAAGGAGAGCGAUCGUACAGCGAUAUGUUCAGGCGUUAUUGGAAGCGAGUGCUGAUUGCCAUGUCCGCGCAAGCUUUGGCCCAGCUCAAUGGGAUCAACGUAAUAUCGUAUUACGCGCCUUUGGUCUUUGAAUCGGCCGGAUGGGCGGGUCGGGAUGCCGUUUUGAUGACCGGCAUUAACGGUAUUUCGUACCUGCUCUCGACCGUGCCUCCAUGGUAUCUGGUUGAUGGCUGGGGCCGUCGGCCCAUUUUGCUCUCCGGAGCGGUGGCCAUGCUCAUUUCCCUCUCUUUGAUUUCGUACUUUAUUCACAUUGAGAUUGAAGCGACUCCGACUUUAACCGUCAUCUUUGUGAUGAUUUAUAAUGCCGCCUUUGGGGCGUCCUGGGGUCCGAUCCCGUGGCUUUACCCUCCGGAGAUUUUGCCCUUGAGCAUUCGCGCCAAGGGUGCCAGUCUCAGCACUGCCAGCAAUUGGGCAUUCAACUGGCUGGUGGGAGAAUUGACCCCUAUUUUACAGGGAGCGAUUGGAUGGAGACUUUAUUUACUUCAUGCUUUCUUCUGCGCUUGCAGUUUCGUCGUCGUAUACUUCUUGUACCCCGAGACCAGUGGCGUUCGCCUGGAAGAUAUGAACGUCUUGUUCGGCGAUGCGACUACUGCCAUGCCCACUCCAGUCACCGAUGGCGAGCGGGGAUCGUUAAUGGGUGGAGGCUCGCCCGUUCCCUCGCUUGACAUUCGCCGACCUUAUGGCCAAUUGGGAGCCGAAAGUGCCAUUCCCGGGCUGGACAUUGAUCCGCCCUCGAUCGGCGGUGACGGCCUAGGCAAAUCGGGACGAGCUGAUUCUCAGGCCGGUAGUCACAGAGGUGAAGGAAUUGGAGGCUGGAUCUCCAACAUGGUGAAUCGUAAUCGCCGAGGAAGUACUGGCACCAACCCGAGUCAAUACAGACGCUUGGAACAAGGCGACGAUGAGGAGGAACAUUGA